AUGAAACGAAGGGACUGGCUGGCUGCUUUGUCUUUGCUGUCUACGCGGCGUCGCCUUGACCUUCGGAGUCCUUUGUUUAGAGCCUUUGCUGCUGCUGCACUGCAGCAGCAGGAGCUGCUGCAGGCCCCACACAUACAUCUCACCAUUCACCGGCUUGGCGUUAUAGGAUACAGCCCAGCUAUCUGGCGGCUGGCGCUGCACCUCCAGCCCCUGCUGCAGCAGCAGCAACUGAGCGGCAAACAACUCGCUGUCUGUGCGUGGGGCCUCGCGAAGAAUGGGGUGACGCAUCCCCCUGUAUGGGACCUUAUCGGGGCGGAGGCGCUGCGGCUGGCAAGGGGACUUUGUCUGGCGGACCUCUCGAUGAUUCUCUGGGCCUUUGCGCGUGUUGAGCGCCUAAAGCCCGCCGAGAUCUUGGGCCUCAAAGAGGAGGUGCUCAACCGCUUGGAGGUCGUCGUGCGGCAGACGCUCGCUGCAGCAGCUGCACCCUACCGGAGAGCAGCAGCAACAGCAGCACCAGACGCUCCUGCUGCUUCUGCUUCUGCUUCUCCAGUUGUGCCUCAACUCAUGCGGCGUCCCGAUGGUACCAUUCAGGGUUUGACACAAAAAACGCUUGCAGAGGCAGAGCCAAGUGCCCCGGUUUCUGUUGCUGCUGCUGCUGCCGCCGCCGUUGUAGGUGUAGUGACACCUCACGACCUGUGCAUGCUGAUUAGGUCGUUUGCCGAUCUCACCCCCGGUGACUCAGCGCUGAUCAUUCGUCUGCUGUAUACUCUCCUACUCGUCUGUCGCGCCCCGCCUUCAGUCCCGGCAGCAGCAGCAGCAACAACAGGAGAGGAAGGACCGCUUCGUGCGAUGGACGGCCCUACUGCCUUUAGUUGCCCUGCCCCGCUUACUGCGCAGGGGCUUACUGCUGUUUGGACAGCUUUGAAAGACGCCGAAAUCACAAAAGUUUUCUCUGUGCCGCCACACAAGAGACCCAGCAACAGCAGCAGCAGCAGCAGCAGACACCGCGCCUAUUUGCCCUUUAGAGAGAGUGUCCCUCUCGAGUGUCUGCCUCUGCUGCUCCCUAUCCUCAAGCCAACCCAGGUGUAUUCACAAGGAGAUCCACAAGGAGCUGAGCCAGCUGCAGCAGCAGCACCCGUAGAAGCAGCAGCAGCAGCAAGAGCAAAAACAGCAACUGAUGCUCCGAUUACCUCCGGGGCAGCCGAUGUGGGGCAAGCCACCGGGCCGGCGUUGGGUUCAACAGGAAAGGAGUCUCCUCCUUUCCCUGCUGCAGUGCCCGCUGCAGCCGCCGCCGUUGCUGUAGCAGCAAAGGAGGGCCUAAGGAGCAGCGCGUUGCUGCACAGCGCAUGCACCGAUGUGCUGCUCGAAGUGCUGUGCGAGGAGACCCGAUUGCUUCGCCUUGAUCAUACAACCAACACCAGCAUGGUGGCUACCUUAGCAGAGGCGUUGGCUGAGUUGCAGCUCGUCGAUCCCCGCGUAGUGUACCAGUUGGUGCUCUUUGCGCAUCAACGGGGGGCGGCUCAAUUUCAGGGAGAGCAGCUGCUGAAGUUCCUUGAGGCAUUUGAGGGAUGUCAGAUCACCGACAGCAAGGCGUGGGCCAGGCUCGCUCACCGAGCGCAGGACGUGGCUGCUGACUUGGAUUUGAAGGGACUGAAGCGACUGCGACAGCUGGCCAGGCGUUCGGGCCACAGCAACGCUAGGAUUGAAGGAGUUGUUGACCACUUUGAGGCUCUGAAGGAAGAUGUGCAGCGCUGUGGGCCCCUAUAG